GAAUAGUGACGACGUGAGUUGAGGUGAAAAAAGUAAGCCGAAUACUAACAAGAAUAAGAUAGGUCCAAACUAAGGAAGGAGGAAUGUGAAGUAAAAUAUAAAACCCUUUAUGCUCACGCCAGCAGACCAGAACAUCUGUGUGAUUCAUCUUCCCGGACCACCAUGUUAUCUCCCCUUUCUCAGUCUUGGAGGAUUGGGGGAUGACGGGUACAGUGAGAAAGCGGUAGCACCUCGGGUUAUCAAUUUGAGUUGUGAGCUGUGGGAGGAGGUCAAGCACUUUCUACAUACGCCGGAGACACAGUAAAGGGGAUUUGCUUUGCAUCGGUUUUCGGAAAGGAGUGAAGACGUUGUUCUUCGCAAACUCGUAUAGCCACGGUCUGGACGGGGGUGCCCACUCGGGAAGGUUGGCACUGGUUGUCCUCCUGCACAGCAGUAGGAUGAUGCACUGUGCGGGGUGCGAACGGCCCAUUCUGGAUCGUUUCCUGCUCAACGUCUUGGACCGAGCCUGGCACGCCAAGUGCGUCCAGUGCUGUGAAUGCAAGUGCAAUUUAACGGAAAAAUGUUUUUACAGGGAGGGCAAGAUCUACUGCAAAAAUGACUUUUUCAGGCGAUUCGGAACGAAGUGCGCUGGCUGCCUCCAAGGUAUCUCACCCAGCGACCUCGUAAGAAAAGCCAGGAACAAGGUUUUUCAUUUGAACUGCUUUACUUGCAUGGUCUGCAACAAACAACUUUCCACGGGAGAGGAGCUGUAUAUAAUUGACGAAAACAAGUUUGUUUGUAAAGAAGAUUACUUGAACAACAGCGUCAUUAAAGAAGUCAGUUUAAAUUCAGUGUCUUCAUGUACAGACAGAAGUCUGUCACCGGACCUCCAAGAUCCAGUACAAGAUGACACUAAAGAAACGGACAAUUCCACCUCCUCAGACAAGGAAACGAACAAUAACGAGAAUGAGGAACAGAACCUGGGCACCAAGAGGAGAGGGCCACGGACCACUAUAAAGGCCAAACAGUUAGAAACCCUUAAAGCUGCUUUCGUUGCCACCCCAAAACCCACCCGUCACAUCCGGGAACAGUUGGCGCAGGAGACCGGGCUGAACAUGCGGGUAAUCCAGGUGUGGUUCCAGAACCGAAGGUCCAAAGAGCGGCGAAUGAAGCAGCUGAGUGCGCUAGGAGCCAGGCGACAUGCUUUCUUCAGGGGCCCACGGAGAAUGCGGCCCCUAGGCGGCAGACUUGAGGACCCUGAAAUCCUGGGGUCGGGGCCGUACAGCUAUUAUGGCGAUUACCAAGGGGACUACUAUGGCCCUGGUGGCAACUAUGAAUUCUUCCCACAUGGUCCCCCCUCUUCACAGGCUCAGUCUCCUGCCGAGUCUGGCUACAUCCUGGGCUCCGGGCAGGGGCCACUGGAGGGUCCCAUGUCGGGCCACCACUCAUCAGACAACCAACGCUACACGGACAUGAUCUCCCAUGCCGACUCUCCCAGCCCGGAACCUGGCCUCACAGGACCCCUGCACCCCAUCCCGGGGGAGGUUUUCACUGGGGGGCCUAGUCCACCUUUCUCCCUGGCUAGCAACUCCAGCUACAGUGCCCCUCUGUCGCACUCUGGCCAGGAGAUGGGUGAAACAGCUGUUUGGUAGAUUAUCUAGUAGACACUGGUACUGGUACAGUGUUAGAUGUACAGUAGGGGAAAAAAAAGAAACUGCUGCCUGCUAUUCUGGAAAUGGAAGGGGUUGGAAGUUGCCCCAGUCCAAAUAGCUGCCAACUCCCCAACCUCUACUCAGCCAAAACCUUCCCAUUGCUCCUAUGGGUGGACUGAAGGAGUUGAAUGUGUUGCAGUUUGGACAAAACACCCAUAAGACAAGGAGUACAUAACAGCAGGCUUUGUUCCUUCUUAAUUUUCACGACCGAUAAAUUGCUUUCCGUCUGGACCUCAGCAAUUUACAGAAAAGAUGUGGAGGACUGAGAAGAACUGCUGUGCAUAUAAUAGCCCCAUUUUCAUCCAUUUUGUUUGUGGUCCAUAAGUCUGUUUGAACCAAGUCAGUAUGAACAUUUUAUUGAAAUUAAUUUGAACAGUAUUCUGUUUUCCAGGGCCUUGCAUAAUCCAGGGAAGUGCUUUAACAGUAUGUUAAUUAAGGGAAACCUCAUCAAGUGACUAGGUAGCUAAAGGCUUAACCCCCAAGACUUAAAAAAAAAACAGAGGGAAAGUCACUAAAUGAAUUUGGAAUGUGAAGUAACACCAGCGACAGCAAUGUGUCAAUUAUCUAGCUAAUGAAAAUGUACGGUAGUACACAUCAACCGCAUAUUCAAUUAAAACUAGAAGAUAGGCGUUGCAGCUGUUGCUGCAAUUUAUGUUAUGUGUUAAAGGUAUCUCCCUGAUAAACUAAUAAGACCUUGCUUGUAUCUGCUGUCAUUUACAGAGUGAUGUCAUACAAGAAGACACAUUGGGUGCAGUCAGUCCCACUGACCUCAUGGGAGGAUAUUUCAUGACCACCAUAACAAGAGCCAUUCCAAUUCUUAGUGAGCUGUGGUUACUUUGGUGUACCCUGCAAGAUCUCUUUUGCAAAAUACACAUAGUAGAGAAGGCAUUUACCUUGUUUCAUAGACAGAAACCACAGAGCAUUGAGAAAUUGAAAUAAGAACAUAACAUGACUGUUAAACCUCUGGCACUUAACUGCAUUGGUUUUGUAUUUUUAAUCCUCAUUUCAUAAAAGUGGAGAUGUGCCUACUUACAUUAGAAACAACAAAAUGGUGGACAGUAUAGAUUCCUCAAGUGGUCCACGAAAGUAAUAAUCUUCACUGCAGAGCGAGCUUGGUUGGCAAAAAUGUGAGGUUUCAUCACGGUUUUCAUUAGCAUAGAGAAAACAAAUCUCUAUUGCUAGGAGAGAAGAGGCAGCUUCACUGACUUGCGAAGAACUGUAAGCUUCAUUUCAUCAUCAAAGGUCGCCUUGCAGUGUAUGCUUGUUAAUAAAUAUGAUGAGUUCACUCCUGAUUUAGCAAGAACGCUCUUAUACUGACUUUAGUUUAACUUCUGUAGCUUCCUGUCUAUGCUACAAUGCUACUGAGUACGGAUAUUGAAGUAGUGCUCAUUUUAAACCUGCAAGGCUUUUUGCUUCUCCUUCCACAGCUUAUCAUUCAGUAACAUCAUGUGAAGCGAUUGCUUGCUGGGGGGUGAGGCAGAGGCUCAGAAAACAGUUAGGAAUACAGCCUCCCGUUCUGUUUCGGCUUCCAAAAAUGGAGACGCGUGUCAAUCCGGCCCUCAUUUAUUAAAACCCCUCUGAUCACAGCCCUCCCACUGAGGGUGUCAGAGGGCUACAAACGUACCCGAUGUGCCUGGUUUUGUUCUGCUUCUCUUAACCUUCAUUUUGUUGCCUUCUUUUCAUAAAGAAUGUUUUAAAGGAAAUUAUUUGCAAGAGAACAGUGAAUCCAUUAUAGGCCAUCUCCUAUAACAGCUGAGGCCCCCAAUUUUCAAUGGAGAGAAAACAAAGGGAAUAGGGAGGGUGUAGGUGGGGGCUGUUGGUCACAUCUGUGACUUGGCAGCGUCUGUGAAAGAUACCCCACAUCG